AUGGAUAAAAAUAUCGUAAUGCUUUGGGAAAAAUUAGAGGAAAAAUUAAACCAACAAACUCUAACUAUAACAUCAGCAGUAACCACAAACGUUAUGGAAGCGAUAAAUAAUAAGAUGGAUUCAAUUAUUCAAGAAAACAAAAAAUUAAAAACUCAGAUUACAAAACUUGAACAAAAACUAGAUCAAAUGGAAAUAGAUAAAAGAAAAAAGAAUUUGGUAUUUUUUGGAGUUGAAGAAAAGGGAAAAAGGGAAUCUGAACUGGUAGACUAUAUCAAACAAAUUAUAACAGAUACAGGUUUACAUCUAGACAGCCAAGAAAUAAGCAAUGUUUACAGAAUUGGAGCACAAACUAACAAGAAUCGGCCAGUAGUCGUUUCCUUGACGACAAUUUGGAAAAAACAUUUGAUACUUAAAAAUAAAUCCAGCCUUCCAUCUGGGAUCUAUGUAAAAGAAGACUACCCGAAGCACAUAAUAGAAACCCGAAAGCAACUGCAACCAAAAGUAGAGGAAGAAAGAAACAAGGGUAACUUUGCAUAUAUCAAAUAUGAUAAGCUAAUCGUUAAGAAACCAAAUGAUCCAGGCCGUGAAAAAAGGAAGCGGGAACAGAGUGACUCGCCGAUAUCACCUACACAAAAGAGGUCAAACCCUAACAAAGCAACGAUGCCAACUGCAACGAAUACAAAGGAUGUAAUAAAACCUAAUUUAUUAAAUUAUAUAGCAAGGGGAAGAUCAACACCAACAAAGGACAACGAAAGAAAACAUGCACUUACCACCCCAAGCCGGCUGGUCACCGUGGGGCUCAGCGACUACUACCCUCCUAAUUCACAAUUCUUAACAAAUACAAUCAAUUCCAACAGAUCUCACUCACCACAUCACAUCUCUCCCGCAACAGAAAUUUCCCAUAUAUUUAUUUGUACUUUUAACGCGAGAUCACUAUCAUCAGACGAAAAACUCCUAGAAUUUAAAGAAAGUAUUGCUUCAAUAAGGUAUGACAUUAUUGGCUUAUCAGAAAUAAGAAGAGAAGGAUAUAACAUUGAAGAGGAUAGUGAACAUAUAUUUUGUUACUUCGGUGAAAGAAAGGGACACUUAGGCGUAGGGUUUCUCUUAAAGAAAAGACUCAAGCAAUACAUUGAGAGUUUUAUUGGUGUAUCAGAACGAAUCUGCAUUUUAAAUUUAAAAAUAAUAAAUUUAGAUAUGUCUAUUAUCCAAGUCCAUGCACCCACUUCCGAAGCAAGCGACAAUGAGAUAGAGAAAUUCUAUGAACAAGUACGUAAUGCUAUGAAGCACUGCAACAAGCAGUUUAUAUUAGCAGGUGACUUUAAUGCUAGAAUAGGAAAAAGGUUGCCUGGUGAAGAAAGAGUAAUGGGUGCAAAUUGCUUUGGUAAACGGGAUCAAAGAGGAGAUCUGCUCCUGCAAUUUUGCCGUGAAAACGACUUAAAGAUAAUAAAUACCCAAUUUACAAAGAAGCUAAAAAACCUAUGGACCUGGCUUUCCCCCAAAAAGCGAAGAAGUCAAAUUGACUAUAUAUUAACAAAUGACAUGCGACAUAUACAAAACAUUGAAGUGGUGCACAAUCUAUCAUUUGCCAGCGAUCACAGUCUUGUAAGAUGCACAUAUAUAGUAAAAGACCUAAAAAAGAGUCGGGUAAAAUAUAAAAAUAGUGCAUACUCUUAUCUUAAGUCCCCAGAAGAGGAAGGGUCAUAUUUAAAAACUUUAGAAACCAAAAUAAAAGACAUAAAAGAUAUUGAUGAAGGCAACGUAAACAAAUAUUAUGACCAAAUUAAGACGUCACUUACGGGAAGCAUAAGAGCCGUUACAUUAAAAACUAAAAAUAGAUAUAAUCGAAAAGGUUAUAUUAUCUCAAAUCACAUAAAGGAUCUGAUAUCCAGAAGAAACGAGUUGACACGUAAAACACAUUUAAGCAGCGUAGAAAAGAAGGAACGAACAUAUCUGUAUAAAAAUAUACAUAAAAUGAUUAAACAAGACAAUAAAAAACAUAGAUUACAGGUACUAGAGAAGUUUCUAACAGAAUCAAGGAGUAUAAAAAAAGGUUUUAGAGCACCUAACAGAACCAAACAAUGGAUACCUCGAAUAAAAACCAGUUCAUCAUCGACAACAUACUCUAGAUCCAAAAUAAUUGAGGUAGCUACUAAAUUCUACAAGGAGUUAUAUGGCCCUAAUAAUAAUAUAAUUAAUAAUACAGAAAAUUUCGAAAUCCAUCACAACAACUUAUCGACUGAAAGAUUUUCAACUUAUGAAGUUAUCAAAGCUAUGGAACAAUUAAAGGUAGACAAAAGCUGUGGACCAGAUGGCAUAACAAAUGAAGCUAUAAAAGUUGGAAGAUUUUUGUUAGCAACCCCCAUAACAAGGCUUUUUAAUAUGGUUAUGGAUUCACGAAAAAUACCCAGAGAAUGGGCACGGUCUGACAUAAUUUUACUAUAUAAAAAAGGGGACCCGACUGAUGUGGGCAACUACCGCCCGAUAAGCUUGCAACCUAGUAUGUACAAAUUGUUCGCUUCCUGUCUAGAACCACGCUUGUCAAAAUAUACCGAAGAAUAUCAACCAGUAGAACAAGCUGGUUUUAGAAGAGGCUUCUCUACUAUAGAUCAUAUUCAUGCCUUAGACAUGAUUAUAGAAAAAUAUAUCGACCAAAACUGCCCCCUAUACCUAGGUUUCGUUGAUUACGCCAAAGCUUUUGACACCAUAUCUCACAAAAGCAUGUGGCAAGCUCUUGGUGAAUGUAAUGUUCCUUAUGAAAUAAUAGAACUCAUACAAAAUAUAUACCAGCAAAGCGUAAGCCGCGUGAAGUUAGACAGAAUUGGCCCAGAAAUAAAAAUAUGCAGAGGCGUAAGACAAGGCGAUCCUUUGUCACCUAGAAUAUUUAUAACGGUUCUACAAAGCGUAAUGAACACCCUUCAAUGGGAGAAAAAAGGGAUAGAAAUAAAUGGUCAGUAUCUAAGCAACUUGAGAUUCGCCGACGAUAUAGUUAUCUUCUCAAACAGUGCGACGCUGCUACAAGACAUGCUUAACGAAUUAGUCUGCGCAAGUAAAAGCAUUGGCCUAGAAAUGAAUACCUCCAAAACUAAAGUUAUGACUAACAGCAAAGAACGACCAAUUUUUGUCAACGCCACGUCUCUUGAAUAUGUCCAAAACUACAUAUACCUAGGAAAACAAAUAUCGUUUAGUCAAAACAGACAUGUGGAAGAAACAAAUAGACGUGUAAACCUAGCAUGGAACAAAUAUUGGGCUUUAAAAGAAGUACUGAAAUCCAACCAUAACUUAACUAUAAAAAGAACAGUCAUGGACACAUGCAUACUUCCAUGUUUGUCAUACGGAUGCCAAACCUGGAUUUUUAACAAGGCGUUAAUAAAAAAGAUUGGAGUAUGCCAAAGGGCUAUGGAGCGCUCCAUUCUUCAAUUGAAGCUUAAAGACAAAAUAAAAAACAAGGUGAUACGAAGUCGUACAAAAAUAAAAGAUGUUGUAACUUAUACAAAAAGGCUAAAAUGGAAAUGGGCCGGUCACAUUGGCCGCAUUUGUGAUGGCAGAUGGGUCAAAAAGACCCUUACUUGGAAGGGCCCAGUGGGAAGAAGAAAGAGAGGAUGCCCACCGAAAACUUGGGAAGACGAUAUAAAAGGGAUAGCGGGAAAAAACUGGAAAAUUGUCGCAUCAAAUAGGGAUAAGUGGAAGAAUCUGGAGGAGGCCUUCACUCCAUCGGAGGUCGAGUACAAGUGUAAAACUUAA